UCGUGAGUAGACCAUUUGCGGAUUAGCACAAAUGCACAGUAGCACAAAUGGAGCCAUCUCAUUUUUAGAACAAAAAGAUAUGUUUUAAUAAUUAUUCUAUGGUAUAAAAAUAAUCAAUAACUGGGUGCUGGCAUGCACAGGCCUUUAAUUAGCUUAAACCCCAAAAAUAUUUUACCAAAGGACGUCAAUUAAUAGAAAAAUCAAUAACUAAUGCGAGCGAUGACCAAACCACCGACUGACAAUUUGCCUACCGUCAAAUUGGUUGUGGUAGGCGAUGGGGGUGUGGGAAAGAGUGCCAUAACAAUACAAUUUUUUCAAAAAUUGUUUGUGACGGAUUAUGAUCCCACAAUUGAAGACAGUUAUAUGCAGCAUGUCGAGGUCGAUGGACAAUGGUGCAUGUUGGAUGUUCUUGAUACUGCCGGCCAAGAAGAAUUCAGCGCAAUGCGGGAACAAUACAUGAGGAAAGGAGAUGGUUUCCUAUUGGUCUAUUCUGUAACUGACAAAAAUAGCUACGAGAACAUUAUACAUUUUCAUACGCAAAUUUUGAGAGUUAAAGACAGAGAUACAUAUCCAAUGCUUCUAGUAGCAAACAAAGUCGAUUUGGUGCAUUUACGUAAAGUAACUGAGGAACAGGGCCGAGAGCUAGCCCAUAAACUAGGGAUUCCUUACAUAGAAACCAGUGCUAAAGAUCCCCCAUUGAAUAUUGAUGCUACAUUUCACGAGGUAGUUCGAAUAAUCCGAAAUCAACCCCAAAACGAUAACGACAAACGACGAAAGAAACAAGGAUGCGCUAAAUGUGUUAUGAUUUGAGACUUCCUUUAGUAUUUUUAUUGCUUUGAAUAUGCUGUUAGCCUAAAAAUAUGACAAGAAGCUUUACUAUAAUAUAAGCGAAUGUGUUCGAUGUUGUUUUGUAUAAGUGCCAGGAUAAGGUAGGUGAAUAACGAACAAAGAACCCUAUUGGCAGACAGAAUUCGUAGAGGGUAAAUGUUUUCAAUGUUUGAGUACAGCAAACCUAAGAACCAGAUAUUUAUACAGUGUUUGUGAUAAAAUGGCGUUUUGGAAGCUGAGAACAAUAAUUCCUAAGUGGGUGUAAGUGUACUUGCAUCUUUUCCUCCCAUUGUGUCAGUUUUUUAUUAAAAUUACUUUAAGCACCAUUUUUUUUGCCUGAUAAGUUAAGGAACUUUAUUCCAAUUAUACAUUUUUUACUUUCUUGCAAUCUUAACAGUUUUUAAAAUAAUAAUUUUCCUAUUUAUUUUUUCAAAUACAUAUAUAUUUAUUUUUAUUUUUACUUAUUUAAAUCUGUCCUGUCCUGAUCUCUGGCUCUUAGAUUAUGACUGUGAUAUAUUAAAAAGAUCAUUUUUUGUAACUGAAUUAGCUUUUUCUCAAUAUAAUUUUUUAAAUAAAUAACAAUUAUCGUAUACAACAUAAAGGUGCUAAUCAAAUUUAUAUAUUUUUAUCUGUAUUAAUAUCUUUAUUAUGGAAAAACGCCUAUUUUUAGUUACAAGUAAGAUUUUUUUAAAUUAUUUAUUAGCCUAGGUCUAAGUACCGCAAUAGGUACCGAAGUAUUUAGUAUUUAUAUAAAUGUUAUUCAAAUUUGCAAUUCUAUGUAGAGUUGUAUUGUUUUUGAUAAUUCUUUCCAUUAAUUAAGGCCUAAUUUUUAUUUGAAAGUGAUGAUUUGUUGAUUUUGUUAUAGUUAAUUUUGCUAUUUUUUAUUUUGUCAAAUUGAUAAAAGCGCUCAAAUACAAUUUACUCGUUUUUAGUAAUUAAAUGUAUGGAUAUAUUUAACUUUGGUAUUUUUUGUUUUUGGUUUGGAAAGGUAUAUUUUAAUGCCAGUUUUAUCAGACAACGAAAUAUAGCAGAUUGUGGAAUAUAUUAGAAAUAUACCAGGAUUGACUAGAAAAAAUUCUAGAGAAUUUUUAAUUUUUUUUUUUUUCAAUUGGGCUCACUCAUCAUUAUACAGGGGUGUCCGGAAUAACUUGAAUCACGUGAGGAUUUUUGGAAACUAUUGAAGAUACAGUGUGGGUGGACCAAAUGGAGAAACAGUUGAGCAAUUAAGGGCCUAAAUAAUUUGUCAUAAACUUCUUUGAACUCGGAAUAGCAAGAGAUAUACAGUGCCUUUAAUAAAAUCCUUUAUAUGUUGUUUAUUAUAAAAGAUACAAUCGAGAAAUUUCCAGGGUAGGUGUAGGACUGGAUGCAGUCCGCAUGAAUGGUACAAUACAAGGAUUUCAUACACCGUAGUUUUUUGAUGAUGAGGGGUUUUCAUUCAGGCUUAAUGGACGUCGUAAGUUGGAAUUUCUCCCUGAAGUUUUGAAGCACGCAUGGCUAGCAUCUUCAGAGGUGCUUCCAUGUCCGAUUCUGGUAGCAGACUGACGCAUUCCCGACCGUAAGUUGUAUUUAUGUGUGAGUGGCUGUGGUGGGGGAUGGGCGGGGCUUCGCGGCACGUGGUUGAUCUCAACUCUCUCUGUACUCAAUGGGAUCUUUCUUGCGUUUUUGAGGAUCGGAUUCCAGAUUUGGUUAAGUUUUAGUGUUUCUUCUUUCCUGUUGAAGUUCUCCGUAUGUUUGUGGAUUUCUAUAGCCUCACGUACAAGACGAUUGUGGUAUCCGGAAGUCGGUGCAAGAAACUUGACCUCACCAAAGAGUAUUUCAUGAUUUCCUUCACUAAGCGCAUGUUCCGC